UAGUCCGCCUAGACGUCACUGUCAUCGAGUUUUCAAAUUUCAGUUGUCAGUUGUCAGCCAAGCGAGGCGGACGUGUGUGUUACUCAGUGAACCAGUGCGCGGAGCUUUUAAACAUGGCUCUGCUACGCCGGCUGGCAGUGAACGCUCCUCGUGGGAUUCGCGUACUCUCCACGCCAUCCUCGAGUCGGGACGAGCUGGACCUGACGUUCAACAGCCCGAAAGACGCUUUCAAGAGCAAGAAGACCAGCGAACUAGUGCGGGCGUACCUCGUCUACCAAAUAUGCUCGAUCAACUGGAUCGUCGAGAACAACGACAUGUUGAUGAAGAGGCUGCGCCAGCUGGUCGGGCAGCGCAUGUUCGAAGCCAUCAUGAAGGCAACCUUCUACGGGCAGUUCGUGGCUGGCGAGGACCAGAACAAGAUCAGGCCUACCAUUGAGAGAUUGCGCUCAUUUGGCGUGAAAUCGAUCCUCGAUUACUCCGUGGAGGAGGACCUCUCACAGGAGGAGGCUGAGAAGCGCGAAGUCAGCGCCUCAGUGUCAGUAUGCGGGGACAUGGCCGAAGAGGGCCAACUCCGCCAAUACCACGUGGAGCAGCGCUUCGCUGACCGGCGCUACAAGGUGACCAGCGCCCGUACUUACUUCUACCUCAACGAGGCCGCUUGCGAGAAGAACAUGGAGGCCUUCUUGAAGAGCAUUGAUGCGGUGGCUGCAAUCACAAAGGGCACAGGGUUGAUGGCGAUAAAGUUGACCGCUCUCGGCAGACCACAAUUACUUCUGCAACUAUCGGAGGUGAUAAUGCGCGCACGCAACUACAUGCAACAGAUAGCAGGUGGUACGGGCAACGUGCUCACACACCACAAGACGAUCGAGGACUUCCAGCGGUACCUGGGCGAGCACUCGUCCAAGCCCGAGGUGCAGGACUUCAUGAAGAAGAUCACUUCGGAUAAGGAGGGCGUGCUGCACCUGUUCCCCUGGGAUCGAAUAGUGCACCUGUUCCCGUGGUCGAACAUCCUGGACAAGGACAUGAACCUGUCGGACUCGUUCCGCGUGCCCGACCCGCAGACGGGGCAGAUGCGGCGGCUGAUCUCGCAGAUCUCGCCCAAGGAGGAGGAGAUGUUCCGCAACAUGCUGCGCCGGCUCAAUCAUAUUAUACAGGUGGCAGCUGAAGCUGAUGUGCGCAUCAUGAUCGACGCGGAGCAGACGUACUUCCAGCCGGCCAUCUCCAGGAUCUGCUUGGAGAUGAUGAGGCGGUAUAAUAAGGGAAGGUUCGUAGUAUUCAACACUUACCAAACGUACCUGAAGAACACGUACAAUGAAAUAGUGACGGACCUGGAGCAGGCCGAGCGGCAGGACUUCUACUGGGGCGCCAAGCUCGUGCGGGGCGCUUAUAUUGAACAGGAGCGAGCGCGAGCUGCGGCGAUGGGCUAUGAGGACCCGACGUGCGAGAGCGUGGAUGCGACCACCAACUCCUUCCACCGAUGCUUAAAGGAGAUCCUUAGCAGAGUCAAGGGCGAGCGUCAGCAGAAGCUGGGCAUAAUGGUGGCGUCGCACAACGAGGACACGGUGCGGUUCGCCAUCGAGCUGAUGCGGCAGCACGGCAUCGCGCCCGACGAGCGGGUCGUCUGCUUCGGCCAGCUGCUGGGCAUGUGCGACCACAUCACCUUCCCGCUCGGUCAAGCCGGCUACUCGGCGUACAAGUACGUGCCGUACGGGCCGGUGCUGGAGGUGCUGCCGUACCUGUCGCGGCGCGCCAACGAGAACCGCGGCUUCCUCAGCAAGAUCAAGAAGGAGAAGGGGCUGCUGCUGAAGGAGAUCGGGCGCCGCGUGCUGACCGGCCAGGCGUUCUACAAGCCCGACGGCAGCUACACGCCCGUGUAGGCGCGCUACGCCGUAGCCGCGUAGGAGUUUCGUUCACUCACCGCUUCGGUUUAUUUUCAGCGCCAUCUCGCGGCACCCGCCGGUACUUGGAUGACAUUUUAGUUCGGUUUAACUUCGGGAGUGAGAGGGGGGCGUUGGAAACACACGGCGUCGCGAGCUUGGUAGGGUAGUUGGACGGUUUCGCGUAUUGUACAUACUAUUGCCGCCGUUGCUCGAUCGAAUUGUAGGUUUUUUUAUCUGGCAACACUCGAAUCUGAAUACGUAAUACGCUGAUUUUGUUUCGCGAGCCAAAUCUUAUUUUUUAUUAGACAUUUAAUUUAAUGUUCUUCGCUGUUGAACAGCGGCGCUUUGUUUUUAUUUUCUCCACUAUUGGCGAGGUAUUUAAUACGAUAUCCUUAAUUUUGAUGUAUUUUUCUCGAUUAUUAGAUAAUUUCGUUGUUGUUUCAUAUUAUUUAAUUUAUUCUCUUCUUUUCGAAUAU